UUUGCAAGAUAUAUUUGCAUGAUUGCGCGGCAUAAACUGCUAAAAGAAAAUGGGUAAUUGUUUCUGCAAGACAAAAAUAAACCCGGAACCCCAAACUUCCGAUGGAGUGCGGGUAAAAAACGGUGGCUGGAAAAGAAAAAUAGCGAAAACGCUAGGACUGGGGAAGUUUUCUGCUCGAGUAGACGUUGUUACUACAGAAGAGUCUGGCGAGCUGAACAGCACAUCAGCCGACAGUACAGGCCUUGUACCAUCCUCGGAAAGACAGAACCCUUCGAAUUCAGAAGGACUUCGCGACACUGCCAGCGUAUUGGUUCUCUUCUACGCACGUGCAGAAGGUGACGAAGGAACAGACGUCGACAGUGUGGAACCAGUGGUACCGCAGGGAAGUCUCUUGACUCAACAGAGCGACAGUCCAUUCUUUUCUUCCGAGGAAUCAUUGUAUGAGGGAUUUGAUAAUUCCGCAGACGACAUCGAGGAGGACAUUUCCGGUGAAGCAAACGGUGAAGAUGAUGAGUGUUCUACCUCGAGUAGCACAUUAGAUGAAGUCAAGGAAGAUAGCUGUGUUAACACAGAAGUAUCCAAGGAAAUUACGACUGAAGUAAGUAAAAUCAGUGAAGAUUUAGGACAGUCAAAGACACUGAACAAAGAGGCAAACAAAGAAAAUGAUAAGUGUCACUUUUCCGCUUCGAACGACUCAUCAGUUUACAACAGUUUUGGUAAAGAUGAUAACAAAGCUGAAGAAGACAUUCCAGAAGAAAUUCCUGAAGAAAUUCCUGCUAACAAAGACAUAACUGAAGAUGAAAUGGAAAUGCCGGACUUACGUAGUGGUAGGGGUACUGGAAAAGUUUCUAUUGGCAAAGAUGCUGUUGAGGAGGCUGUUAAAAGAAUCCACGAGUUGAAAAGCUUACAUAUAGAUUUAACGGCGGCAAGGAAAGACAACAAUGAAGUAGAAUCAAUUAUUCAUUCUAAACCGAAUGUACCAACGUAUCACAAAAGAAAAAAAACUGCCCGGGUAGGGUCAAGAACAAUUUCUAGUCCUUCAUUAAACAAGGAAGUUACUUGGAUGACCAACAAAUUAUCCCUGAAAUAUGUACAAAGUGCAGAAAGCCGACAAACUGUUGUGAAUGAAGAAAUGAAAAGAAAAAUUUCUCAAACAUCAGCAAAAUCUUUGGAAGCACUUGAAUGCCAUCAAGGUAAAUCCGAUUGCAUAUUGAGCAUUUUUGUGCGGUCUGCGGGCCCAGAUGAAGAGCCGAGACCAAUCCAGGUCCGCGCAACAUCUCAACAGGUUAAAGAGGGCGCUGCUAAAAUGUUUGUAAAAACAUUAGACCAUGUGACAGAAUCGGCGAUACACUUCGAUCCUAUAAAGAAACAAAGAAAGAAGUCAAAAAGACAUCUAAAGAAGGCUUCAAGUCUUGUAAAGGCAGAAGGAAAUCAUGCAGUUCGCUGGACACAGAAAUCGGGUACGGCCUCCGAUGUGCAGCUGACUCAGGUACCACGAUUCUACGAGCCCUCGCCGAAAAAACAGAACGCUAGAGAAAAAAUGGGACUUGAGAUGCUUCAAAAACACAAGAUAAAAAUCCAGUGUAAAGAGAUCGAAAGAAUCAAAGUUGCCGAAGAGCUAUUUCCCGGUAUCCUACCGCCAAAAAUACAAGAGCAGCUGAACCGGAAACGGAAAGAGAAAAAGCUUGUCAACUAGAAAAAAUUAUUUCCAGAAACAGACACACCGGAAACGUGGCGGUGGAAAAAGAAAAGGCAAAAGCAAAAAAUGGAAGCAGAUAUUAAAGUUCCCUCACAUAUCACAAUGCAUGGAUUUAAAGAACAAAAUUAGGGAUGAAAAGGCUCACACAACAACAGAAACAAGCACCAUUGCCACAUCUGUCUCAGCUACAUAGGGGCAUGAAAAAGUAGCACCAUUGCCACAUCUGUCUCAGCUACAUAGGGGCGUGAAAAAGUAGCACCAUUGCCACAUCUGUCUCAGCUACAUAGGGGCAUGAAGAAGUAGCACCAUUGCCACAUCUGUCUCAACUACAUAGGGACAUGAAAAAGUAGCACCAUUGCCACAUCUGUCUCAGCUACAUAGGGGCAUGAAGAAGUAGCACCAUUGCCACAUCUGUCUCAACUACAUAGGGGCAUGAAAAAGUAGGACCAUUUCCACAUCUGUCUCAGCUUCAUAGGGGCAUGAAGAAGUAGCACCAUUGCCACAUCUGUC